GUUUCGUGAUGUAAUAGUUCCGGUAAAAUGGCUGCGCGGUGAGCGGGGGUAACAUUGGAUGUUUUGAGGAGAAAUUAUGGCCCGAAUACUUUGAUAUUGACCGUAAAAUGGUGGCGGUUUUGUUGUUGAGAUGGCCCGUGUGUCAGGCGACAGUGAGAGCAGCGGUGUGGAGCAGCAGACGGUACAGCAGUCAGCUGCAGCCAUCAUCCAGCCUUGCAGAACGGUUACGGCUUUUCAAGUCUUUACAUCAGCGACAUGUGGAGGUAUCUGGAGCUGCUGUCAAAGAUCCCACAACACCCGGACAAGAUCUGAUGAUCCGAUUGACUGACGGAAAAACAGUGAAAGGGUCUGCAGGGGUGACAACACCAUUACAGGUCGCCAAGAAUGAACGUGUUAAAGGUGCAGUUUUGGGCCGAGUAAAUGGAGAGUUGUGGGAGCUGGGUCGCCCUCUUGUGGCAGACUGUGAACUGCAAUUGCUGGGUUUUGACUCUGUAGAGGGCAGACAGGCUGUGUGGCGGACAGGAGCUUGUGUUUUAGCCAGCGUACUGGAGAAUCGCUUGAAUGCAGAAGUGUGUCGAGAGGGAGCAUCAGACACUGGACUUUAUUGUGAUUACCUGCUCCAGAACAAUUCUUUGUCUCUGAUGGAGGUCGAGCAGAGGUGUAAGGAGAUGGCAGCAAUGAAGAUGCCCAUAACAAAGCUUGAGGUCACUAUAGAGGAACUGAGGGAGAUCUUCCAGGACGGUGCUGUCAGACUGCAGCUGGCUAAAGAACAGAUGAUGGGAAACACAGUCACUGUCUACAGAUGUGGGGAGAGUAUCGGUUUGUGUUCAGGUGUUCUUCUUCCACACACAGGUUUCCUGAAGGCCUUUAAGAUGCUGCAGGUGUCUCCUGUAACGCUGUCUGGUUCGACGGAGGCAUCGGGCAUCAUGAGGAUGAUUGGUGUGGCGUUUCCAGGAGAGAAAGAACGAGACGAGUGGGAGAGAGAGCAAGAGGAGGCCAAAAAGAGAGACCACAGACGAAUUGGCAAGACACAGGAGUUGUUUUUCUUUCAUGACGUCAGUCCCGGCAGCUGUUUCUUCAUGCCUAAAGGAGCUCACAUAUACAACACGCUCACUGACUUCAUAAAGAGUGAAUACAGGAGGCGGGGCUUCAGUGAGGUGGUGACCCCGACUCUAUACAGUACAUCACUAUGGGAGCGGUCCGGUCAUUGGGAACAUUACAGUGAGAAUAUGUUUACAGUGACCUGUGAGCCACAUACCUUCGCUCUCAAACCCAUGAACUGUCCCGCACACUGUCUGAUGUAUGAACAGAGGGUUCGCUCUUGGCGCGAGCUGCCGAUUCGCUGGGCAGAUUUUGGAGCGUUGCACCGCAAUGAGCACUCGGGGGCACUGGGGGGUUUAACCAGAGUCCGACGCUUCUGUCAAGAUGAUGCACACAUCUUCUGCACACCUGAACAGUUGGAGGGAGAAAUCACGGCAUGUUUGGACUUCGUGAGGAGCGUGUAUCGUGUCUUCGGUUUCUCCUUUCACUGUCUGCUUUCUACGAGACCGACACCCUUUCUGGGAGAGCCUGCCCUCUGGGAUUGUGCAGAGCAGCAGUUGGAGAGAAGCCUGAAGCAGUUUGCCGAGCACUGGGAGUUGAACCCUGGAGACGGGGCGUUUUAUGGACCCAAGAUUGACAUCCAGAUCCGUGAUGCUCUUGGCCGACAGCAUCAGUGUGCCACAAUCCAACUGGACUUCCAGCUGCCCAUCAGAUUUAACCUGCAGUAUGUCGGAACUGAUGGAGAGAUGCACAGACCCAUAAUGAUACACCGGGCGGUGCUGGGGUCUUUGGAGAGGAUGAUCGCUAUCUUGGCUGAAAACUUUGCUGGGAAAUGGCCGUUCUGGUUGUCCCCAGCACAGGUGAUGGUUCUGCCUGUAGGGGGCAGUAGUGAGACAUAUGGGCAAGAGGUGGUUCAGAGGCUGAGGGAUUCCGGCUUCAUGGCUGAUAUCGAUGACGAUCGGGGGGCCACCUUAAAUAAGAAGAUUCGCUCUGCACAGCUCGCCCAGUACAAUUUUAUAUUUGUGGUGGGAGAGAAAGAGCAAGAAAACGGGACCGUGAGCGUGCGGACGCGAGGAGGAAAACAGCUCGGACAGAAACCGCUAGAGGAUGUGAUGAGGUCACUUACUGAACUUAGAGAUACACGCACCAAUCAUGAAGAGUUUUAGACACUAGACGCAUCUCAUGAAUGUGACGUACCCGAAGAAAACAAGAUUCCUGGUUACACUUUUUUCUUACAAAGCAAAUGCUUGCAUAUCGGAAAAGCUGUGGACUCAAACUGUACCUAAAGUGCUGCAGGUUGUUUUAAGUUGCAUUUUUUUAUUUAUAAUAAAAUUUCUUUAUGAAUC